UUCUAAAUUCAGAUUUGCAAUAAUUUUAAACCAGAUUUGCAGCAUUCACUAGUAACCCUAAUUUUAGAAGUAAAAUCUUAGAGUUAAUAAUUACAAAAUACCCGUAGUGCUUGCAUUUCGAAAAUGUGGUCUUUUUACUUUCUACUUUCUCAUUUCGUGGAACACCCUUUUAUAAAAGUGACUCCAAGUGCUAAUUGAGACAAAGUUAUUUAUAAUUCCAACUAUUAUUUAGUAUGACAGUUCGGCAUCGUGGCGGAAAAGUUGUUAACGAUCCCUUAUACGGUCAGCGCCACCUUUUCCUGGUUUACAAACAGAAAAUAAACCUGGCAGUGGAAACCAAAUCAGAGUGUUACAGGAAUACUGUUAAUGACAGACUGGUAAACCUGGAUACUAUGGUGCAGCAGAAUGGGUUACUGGGUCCUGUUGCAGGAAAUUUUAUACGGAACAUUUACACAGAGUUCGUAACAGAUACGUUCCUGUGCAGUCUCUCCAGGUGCUCCGGAGAACCGUUCCCAACCUCACUUCUUGGAGUUAAUUCUCAAUCAUUCUGUCAACCAUGAGUCAACCAGAAAAGAAAUUGUUCACAGUUUUGAAUAAUGAAUUACAGAGUUAAGCGUUAAUAUUUAAUAAAUCUGUUGACAACA